AUGGCUCAAUACGCUGUUCAGGUGGACGAUCUCACUUACAAGUUUGUCGAGUCUGCAACUCCGUCUGUCUCUAAUAUAAACCUACAGAUCCCAUGGAAUACGAGAACUUUGCUUGUUGGCUCUAAUGGUGCCGGGAAGUCGACGCUCCUGAAAUUAUUGAGUGGGAAACACCUUUGUCUGACUGGGAAUAUUCAGGUCAAUGGAUUGGACCCAUUCAGUCCGCUGUCCAUGCACCAAGACGUAGAGGAGGACAGAAAUGUUCAAGUAAGCACAUACCUAGGGACCGAAUGGUGUCACAUGGAUAUUAUCAACCGAGAUAUUGGCGUCCUGGAACUGUUAGAGAGUAUUGGAUUGGAUCAUUAUCGUGAACGUGGUGAAUAUCUAAUAGAGAUUCUUGAGAUCAACCUCAAUUGGAGGAUGCAUCGGUUGAGUGACGGUCAGAAGAGACGUGUGCAACUCGCAAUGGGCUUAUUGAAACCAUGGAGGGUGUUACUACUUGACGAGGUCACGGUGGACCUGGACGUCAUUGCUAGGUCUAGAUUGCUGGAGUUUUUGAAGAUGGAGACGCAGAAGAGAAAAUGUUCGGUAAUCUACGCAACUCAUAUCUUCGAUGGGCUGGCAGAGUGGCCAGAUAAAGUGCUGCACAUCAAGGAUGGUAUUAUCGUUGAUCAAUUAGACUAUCACAAUGAUGUUGCAUUCGUGACCCCUGGGGCGGCGACCGAGCAAAACGGUCACGUCGAAUUUGGCGGAACAACAGGACCCAAAGUUUCGAUAAGUAAAGUAAACAGUCUGCACCCCUUGGCGGUAAAAUGGUUGAAACGGGACAACAACAUUGAGCAAUAG